AGUUUGAAUGAUUCAAGUCACAGCUCUAUGAAGCCUCUGUAAUCUGAGGACAAUAACACCUUAAAGUUUAUACACUGAUGUCUUGGACAGUCAGUCAGAUGUUGGGUGCUCAGUAUGAAAUCCUCCACGGGGUGAGCUGUUGGGUCAAAUCGUCCUUGACACCCAAAAAGCCACGUGCUGGCCCUGAUGUUGUAAUUUGUUACUCUGACAGUGAGGCGUGGGAUUACACGCCGCUUGUAAGCGCUGUAAUCCUGGCUAAUCUGGGAUUCAGUUUCACUCUGCUCUGUGGACACAGCCUCAGACCGGAGCCGAGAGGGAAUAUGGAAACAUCGAGGGUCUGUCUGGGUCCAGGGAUUGUCUGAUGAAGAAUGCAUCUGCUGGUCCUGGUUCAGAUCCUGCAGUCCGCCUUGUGGGGGGUCCAGUCCUGUCCAGCUGUGUGUUCCUGCUCGUACGGGACCAGUGGGAACUCAGAGCUCAGGUCGGUGCGAUGCAGUGACCCAGGAAUCUCAGCUGUGCCCGUUAACGUCCCCGCUGACACGGUCAAGCUGCGUCUGGAGAAGACCCUGAUCUCCAAGAUACCCCGGGCAGCCUUCUACAACCUGUCAGACCUGCGCUUCCUGUGGCUGAACUACAACUCCAUCACCUCCAUCCACCCCAGCAGCUUCGUCAACCUGAAGGCCCUGCGAGAGCUGCGGCUGGACGGAAACCUCCUCUCAUCCUUCCCAUGGGAGGGGCUCAGGGACAUGCCCCGCCUCCAGACUCUAGGUCUCCAUAACAACCGUCUCUCCAGCCUCCCUGCCCACGCGUCUCUGUUCCUGCCCAACAUCACCUUCCUCGACCUGUCCAGCAACAGGCUGACCGUGUUACCCGGCGAGCUGCUCGACCUCUGGUUCCCUCCUCCGGGACAACAGGGAGGACCACUUCAGAGGAAGAUUCUGGGUCUCCAUGAUAACCCUUGGUUGUGCGACUGCCAGAUCUCCAUGGUGAUGUCCCUGUCCAUGUCUCUGAGGAGUCCCGUGGUCCUGAUGGACCAGAUGUUGGUCUGCGGCCGGUCCGUGGAUCAGUCAGGGACCCUGCUGAGUCAGUCUGAGCUGUCCCGCUGUAUGAGGCCGUCGAUCCAGCCUGCAGCCACCAGAGUCAUCUCUCCACUGGGCAGCAACGUCAUCCUGCGCUGUGAGGCCACCGGGUACCCCACACCCACCCUGACCUGGAUCAAGGCCUCGGCCUACACAGAUUGUUGCAGAAACAACAUGAUUGAGAGCUUGGAUCAGCUACCGAGGAAUCUGGAGAGCUUCAUGCAGGAAUCUCCUCGAGUCGGGGUCCGCUGGUCCAUCAUCAUCCUGAAUGGAUUAUCGUACAAGGACGCUGGUGAAUAUCGCUGCCAGGCGCGGAACAUGGCGGGAUUAUCCGAAGCCCCCAUCAAACUCAAGGUGGUGGGAGUCACCAGACUGUCCCGCCUCCCGAAGAAGAAGUACCUAAAGACUCCGCUCAAACUAUCAACAAGAUACAAGAAGCUGAACCAGACUGCAUCUACAACCAGCAGCGCCUCUGUGAAGGAGAACCAGAUCCUCCAGAGCAUCACCCCGCCUUGGACUAAUAAAAGUCAGACUGCUGCUAAUCUGGUGUCCAAAGAGCUCUUCAGGGAUGAAAGGCGCAAAAUGAAUUAACAGGAACAAAGAAAUAGACAGAGACGUUUCUGAAGAGAGUCCUGGAGCUCAGAAACGCUUCACGAGGUCCAAACAGGAAAAUGUGUCUUAUUGUGAAUCUGUGGCCGAGGAGUUCCCGGCCUUCUUUAGGAACUCAAACAGAACGCACAGUUUGUUGAUGAGCUUCCUGCAAGUUAAACUUGUUCAGAAUAAAAUGUGUGACAUGAAGCUGUGGUUACAUCGUCUGUGGUGUGUCUGAAAGGAUGCUUUGGAACCUUUAGAUUUCUGCGGUUCAGAUCCAGACAAGCUGUCUCAUGUGUACAACUUUCAGCAGCCCAGGGACCAAUCACGGCCCGAGGUCCAUUUUUAAAAGUGUUAAUUAUAACUCAGAAAUAAAUCACAGUAUGAA